AUGGGAUGCAUCACCUCUGGCAUCCAAGAGUUCCUUAGCGACCUCUUGGAUACCAGGCUCCUGAUCAUCAAGGUCACCUACUUCAUGCUGCUGGCAGGAAUUGUGAUCGUGUGGCCACAGCUGACGCUGCACCAGGAGGAGCUGGGGCUCACUACCUACCACACCGGGAUCUGCAGCUCCGUCAUGUCCUUUCUCAUUAUAUUAGUACCGCUUCUUGCUGGCUUAGCUGGGGACAAGCUCGGCAACUAUAAGUUGCUGAUGAGCACAGCGACAAUGGUGACAGGCAUAGGAGCACUCCUUUUCACUUUUGUGCCCAGUGCCAGAAGGUCAAAGGUCACUGGCCUGAAUGGGACGACUAGUGGCAGCCAAUUCGGUAUUGAGAUUUCCAGCAACUUCAAUAAUGGAACGAUGACAGCAUUUGAGGUUGACUCGGAAAAAUUGGUUGAGACAUUUUGGUACUACCUGGCUGUGAGGACCCUCUUUGGGAUGUUCCAGUCUGUGGGAUAUACACUGUUCGAAGCAUCAGUGAUGACACAAGUGCAGGAGCGAGGCAUCAACUAUGGCUUCCAGAGGGCAUGGGGCACUCUGGCUGUCAUAGUAUUCUCCCUCAUCAGUGGCUACAUCAUUGACAAAACAGGCGGCUUCAAAAUGAUCUUCUGGGUGUCAGCAGUUCUACACAUUGUGUCAGCCGCCUUAAUGCUGUUACUGACGAACUUCAAGGUCCCGACUCAGUCUUUAACAAAGGAAAUCUUCAAGUACCUGUGCAAUGCUGAGGUCAUCUUACUCUUCACUGCUCUGCUGGUUGCAGGUGUGUUCAUCGGGUACCUGGAGACGUUCAUGUAUCGCUAUUUGUUUAGCUUGGGUGCUAGCAACAUUCUCAUUGGCCUCACCGUGACGGUUGGGGCACCCUUUGAGCUCAUUAUCACCCUAGUCACUUCUUACUUCGUGAGGCUCAUGGGUCAUGCUCCUCUGAUAAUGGCAGGCUUAUCUGCUUAUGCUGUUAGGCUGGUUGGAAUGAGUGUACUGAUUGACCCAUGGUGGGUGCUCCCAUUGGAAAUGCUGGAGUCUGUGGCCAAUGGGUUGCUCUUCACUGCUGCCAUUAUGUACUGCACCGUCCUCUUCCCCAUGGAUACCAUCACAACAUUCCGAGGCAUCUUUGCUGUUGUCUACUUUGGUGUUGGAAAACUGUUAGGUACAGCGGUUGGAUCUGAGAUGCGGGAAGCUCUGGGAGACAGGGCAACCUUCAGGUUGUUGGCCGGUACAGCCCUGACAUUUACCCUCAUCUAUUGCUUUGCCUUCUGCACCCUCAGAAGACACACCAACAAGACCUUCGCCCUGAAGCCCUCUCUACCCACAAAAACCCUUUCAUGUAAGACCCCUCUCACUAAAGUAGAGCAACACACCACUAAACAUGGGGUUGAUAAUACUGUGUGCAGGGUGGAUGAUUUGGGUGGGCCUGAUGAUUUCUUCCUCUAUAAACACCUCAUUGAUUCAGUGGAUACCUCUGUAAAUUUGAACCCCAGCCAUACUGGUACACGUGUCAUUGUUGCUCCUUCUCAGGAUGCCGCUGCAUGCUUAGUCGCAUUGUCCAGCAUUGGGGAGACCCCUGUUAAGAUCUCCAUAAAUGCCGAGUUAAAUGCCAGUAUUGGCACUGUACUCCUCCCGCACCAUGUUGCGACUGGUGUUAGGGACCUGAAAGACUGUCACGAUGAUAUUAAACAUAUCCUUGAAACCCAAGGCCAUUCUGUUAUCAUGGUUGAUACGUUCACUCGACCCUUUCAUGGUCGUCAUAAGCUUCUUUGA